AUGGAACCAAGAUUAUUAAAUUGGAAUAUUUCGGGUGGUAUACAAAAAGUAUACUUUACGAAUUAUAGCAAUGAACGACGAGCUAUCAAGGUGAAAUGCUCCGACAAUUAUUUGUAUCGUGUCAGUCGUGUAUUUACUUUUAUUGAGCCAGGUGAAAUGAUUGGUAUUGAUAUUGUUCGUCAGAAUGGUGGUGCAAAGCCUGAUAAAAUGAUUUUCCUCUGGACUAAAGCAGAAACGAGUGAUAAUAAUGCUUCAAAGUUAUUCAACAAAGUUUCAACUUAUCCGAUGCUUGUGCUACCUCUUACAGUUAACAAUCCUACGGAUUAA